AUGUCUGAGAUCCUGCCCUACAACGACGACAAAGUGGCCCGCUAUGGCACCGACUCGGAAGUCGGAGACAUCUCCUUCAGCUGCCGCCUGCAGGACACCAACUCCUGGGGCAACCAGUCCAAGCGGCCCCCCAAGCUGGGCCAGAUUGGCAGAGCCAAGCGAGGUAAGGAGCAUCGUCCGCGCGCGGCUGCUUGCUUGCUUGGGUACACACCUCGGGGCACCGUCCCCGUGCGCCCCAACAACAACAUCCCUCCCUCCCCAGUCCCACCUCUUGCCCAUCUGCUGCCCCCGCAAGAGAAGGAAAAGGGAAGUGUUUCACCCCCACCCCUGAGAGCCGGACUUCAGUCAACCUCGACAAGGCUGACCACCCCCCAUCCCGCGCACCCCUCUUUUUCCUGUCGCUGUGGUUACAUAUCCUAGCUGGGGUGCCGCAGGCGGAAUCUGCUGGAAAGGGAGAAAGAAGGGUGGUUUUUUUGGUGGUGGAAGUGGGGAGUCUUUUCCCUCGUUCAGCGCCCCUCCACCGCACUCUUUAAGCUGAGCUCCGAUCUGAGCCAUUUGCCACAAGAAUUCCAGUCAUAACUACUCCUCUCCUCACCCAGCCCAGACCCCUCCACAUUCCCCCAGGGCUAAGCGCCCAUAGAGCUGGCCCGGAGCCGGCGCGCCUCAGUCCCCAUCUCCUCCCGCACGUUCCGCUGGCUGCGCUCCCUCUCUAAUCACCUCCGCUGGCUCUGCGCUCCGCAGCCAGCCACCAUCUGGGAAGGAUGGGGAGCCAUUUUCCUGGAGCGGGUUUCAUUACCAGAUGUCAAAGGAGGGAGGGCGGGAGAUCCAGCCCCAUGGCUGCCCCAAAGGAGCGGCGAGGCUGGGGAGGGAGGGGGGUGCUUUAAGUGUGGCCAACGCCAGGUCUUAAGUACGCAGGAUGAGGCCCCCACCCCGCGUGUCUGUUCCCCCUUUCCAUUCUGACGGCGUGUUUUUUCUGCGUUUGCUCUCCUGUCCCUGCAGUGGUGAUCGAAGACGAUAGAAUAGACGAGGUCUUGAAGGGGAUGACAGACAAGUCGCCUUCUGGGGUAUAA